GAUCGUCAUGCGUUUCUUUUUCGAGGAAGGUCAUCAGGGUAUUUGCAGAACGUGGAUUUACCUCGAUAGCGUGCAUUGUAAACCCAUUUCCUUGAGAGUGUUGGUUGAGUCCCGACGUUGUUGGCUACUUGCUGUGCUAUCAUCGCAUUUGUUGUGAUCUUCCGAUGGUGCAUAACUUUUGAGCCAUUGUCGUACAAUUUCUUUUCAAAAUUCAAAGGAUAUUGUGAAUUUGUGAGCCAAAGUAAAACUUGCUAUUCACCAGAAUUGCGUUGGCUGGUUGGCUAAGAUGAAUUGUGAGCGUCGCAGCGGUGAUACGGAGAAUCCGAAUGAGUCCUGGCUCAGUAAUCGUGGUGCCUGGUUCACCUGGGUGGGAGUAACACUGGGAGUUCAUUUCUGCUUUCUAUGCCUGCCACCACUGAGUACUGCUCACGCAUGGACCCUUACCAAUGCUGUACACACCGCUGUUAUGUUCUUCAUCCUGCACAUGGUGAAGGGCAGUCCGUUCGGCGGUGCGUCAGAUGGUGAAGAGCGCUACCUCACCCAUUGGGAACAGAUUGACGGCGGUAAGCAGUUCACCGCCACCAAGAAAUUCCUGACUGCCUUUCCUGUCGUCCUGUUCCUCCUGGCUAGCUUCUAUACAUCGUACGAGUUCACUCACUUUGUAGCUAAUCUUACCUUAAUGCUGCUGGCAGUGAUUCCCAAGUUGCCACAACUGCACGGUGUGCGCCUGUUUGGUAUCAACAAGUAUUGAGUUUGAAGUAGGUGAGAGUGCUACAACCACCGCUGCUGUAGCUGUUCAGUGCGAGAGCGGUUGGAGGAUCACGUGACGUUGAUGCCUCAUGUGUUGCCGUUUCCAUGCAAAUCCUUGGUCCCGCGGGCUCUCUUUAUGCUCUACCAAUGGAGCCGCUGGACACACUCCCGCCCUGGGCACACUGGUAGUGGAGCAGUGCGUUGAUGCGGUUUAUUCUCUUUUUGUCGGUGACAUGUUCAAAUCCCAACUGAUGACCACAAGACGUUGUUCCUUCAUCUUUCGUCUUCUGGCAUAUGCUAUCUUAUGUCACUUUGGUCGCAACAGCACGAGCUGUGUUUGGUCUCUUCUAUACUGGUCACCAAUAGUAGGCAUGUAUAACAGUGAUUUGCCACGUAGAUCCUGUCAUUGUCCAAGUCAUACUGAAGUCGAAUUCGUACUCCCUUCCCCCCCCCCCCCCCCCGUGUGUGCCAGCCGUUUCUUGGCAUGCUUGCCAGUCUCUCUCUUCUCUCUCUCUCUCUCUCUCUCUCUCUCUCUCUCUCUCUCUCUCUCUCUCUCUCUCUCUCUCUCUCUCGUACUGGCUGGUGAGCAAUGCUGGUGCUGUAGUGGAGCUGUUUGUACACAUGUACAGUGACCACUGACGGUCCCGUCCCGGCUAAGAACGCCAGUCAGGCUAUUGUUAUUACCGAGUAGUUCCUGCAGCUGGGUGCUCCAGAUCCAGAUUAUUGACUGUCAGUAAGAGUAUAGUAUGAGUCCGCUGCAGUAUGUCGCUAGUACUCCUGUUUUGUAGAUCUACUUGUAGUGCCAGUAGUAGUCAUCUCUGAACGGAGCACCUACACAAUAUAUUAUCCUUCUGUACUUGGCUUUGGCAGUAUCCUGGAGCCGUAAUGUUGUUACACAGAUUAUCCAGCUAAGUAGCUGAUGUAGAAGAAUUGCUGCUAAAGUCAUUCUAAUGAGAUCGUUCUCUUUCUCUCUCUCUCUCUUGUUUUUACGUAUGCUUUAUCCCCUGUUUUAUCUGACUGUGGUCGUUUGUGCAUGCAUGAUGAUAAACAUGUCGGUGUGUGUGCCAUUGUGGUAUUAUCCUGCCUUGGCAUUCUCUCCUGCCCUUCUUUCUUCGUUUUUUAAAUAGUGUUAUAACGUCUUUCUAGCAGCUUGUAUGCUGUUUUUUUUUACUUUGCUUGAGGAUGUUGCUGAGGGCCGUUUUUAUUUCUUCUUGCUUGUGUUGUACACUAUCUGUGUUGCUUCGCCAAAUUAUGGAUAUCAUUUUAACGCCUAUCUGACUUUGAUUUUGGUACUGGUUUUUGCUUAAACCCGGACAGGUUGCGUAUGGGUAAUGAAAAUACUGACAAUUCGUA